UAUGUGCGCCAACAUGCAAGUAUGUUUAUGGCAAAUAAAUAUGUAUAUAGAUAUAUGUGUAUGUGUAUGAGAAAAAUAUGCGCGGUACAAAAAUUUAUAGAAAAAUGUCUAACCAAAUCCUAACGAGAGCUCUCGACGGUCAUGGGCGCAAUAGAAAUAUAAGAAUACAUAUAAAACACUGCGCGCUACUGCAAUUGGCAAUCUUCAUACAAUAUAAAAACUUCAAUGGGGCGGCGUGUGGGACCCUGCAGGCGCAGCCCAUACAAACGACACGACGUAAGGCGCGCGGGAUCUCUGCCUGAUGUCGCUGCUCAACCGCGAACAAUAGGCACGGCGCGUGGCCAAGGAACGGACUCACCGGCUUGUCUAUCCUCCGCUGCUGAUGGCGCAGACGGACGUGUCUGCUGUUGCGUUGUGGUGGCGCCGCUAUUGCUGCUGCCACUUCUUGGGUGGGCGCCUUUGCUCCGGCUGCCACUGUCGUUGCUGCUGCUGCCGUUGAAAACGCUGGUGCUGGAUCUGCUGCUGUCGUUGAAGACGCUGGUGCUGGAUCUGCUGCUGUCGCUGUUGCUCCUGCUACGAUGCAGCUCGUGCUGCUACUUAUGACGGCCGCUGCAGCUGCUGUGUAUGGUUCCACCGCUGUCCGAAAACUUGGCGAUAUGCCGGAAAAUCUAUAUGCCAAGGAACAAAAGGCAUUUAAGCACUGGUCGGCACAUUUAAGUAGAUAUACAGGUUUCAGCACGGCCUCCAGUUCACCAAACGAAAACACUGCCUCGUGGGUCUGCACCGUCGCCCCAAAAACAGGAAUGGCGUGUUGCGGCUUGCCUUUUAUAGGCCGGAUGUCGUAUGCCUGCGGAUUUUUACGUCCUUGCGCAUCCGUUCAUCACGGCCUUGACGUUUCCCCACUUUGAGGUGCCAUCGGGACACAACCCUGCGCCUGCGUGGCUGCAGUUGCCACCAUGGUGCCUCGCUCGGUACCGCUAGAUGGCGCUGCAGUACCUUUGUAAAUUCUUGGCGCCUUCCGUAGCGCUGCCACCUUUUAUUCUUCGUGACCAGCCCGAUGCAA